AACUCUGCGCAAAACGCGGAUUCGUUUCUGCCUCAUUCUAUUACACGCAUGUUUAUAACAACCCAACUUCUUCACACACACACAAUUCAUUCCUUUCCUUUGUCCUCACCCUGUCUGUCGUCUGAGGCUCAAACUUCACCCCCUUUUUUUUGAAGUGGCAAGGUUUUGGUGCUGAAAUGGCAUCAAAACCAUUUGAAACAAGCAGAUCAGAUCUAUCAGCUGUAUCUGAUGUGCUGGACCCGAACAACAACAAGCCUCCAUUGCCUCCACAAACUCGUGUCACGUUUGCACGAAGGACUUCCUCCGGGAGGUAUGUGAGCUACUCGAGGGAUGAUCUCGACAGCGAGCUUGGCAGCAGUGACUUCCUCAACUACACGGUGCAGAUGCCUCCGACCCCGGAUAACCAGCCUGUUGCACAGAAGGUGGAGGAGCAGUACGUUUCCAACUCGCUCUUCACGGGCGGGUUCAACAGCAUAACGAGGGCGCAUUUGAUGGAUAAAGUCAUUGACUCGGACGUUAACCAUCCACAGAUGGCCGGUGUCAAGGGAUCAUCUUGUGCAAUCAACGGCUGUGAUGGGAAGGCCAUGUGUGAUGAGAAGGGGGAUGACAUUCUCCCGUGCGAGUGUGAUUUCAAGAUAUGCCGGGACUGCUACAUAGACGUGCUCAAGACAGGGGAGGGGACGUGCCCCGGGUGCAAGGACCAGUACAAGACUACGGAUCUGGAUGAAGCGAUGGAGAACUGGAGGUCUCUGCCUCAGCUGCCUGGGCCGGGUGGGAGGUCGAAGAAGAUGGAGAGGAGGCUGUCGUUGGUGAAGUCAACAAAGUCGUCGCUGCUGAUGAAGAGCCAGACUGGGGAGUUUGAUCACAACAGGUGGCUGUUUGAGACCAAGGGUACGUAUGGUUAUGGCAAUGCUAUAUGGCCUGAUGGGAGUGGCUUUGAUAAUGGUAAAGAAGGCGACACGUACGAGCCUCCUGAGCUGAUGAACAAACCGUGGAGGCCGCUUACACGAAAGCUGAAGAUUCCCGCAGCUGUCAUAAGCCCUUAUCGGCUUCUGGUGGCUGUCCGAAUGGUUGUUCUCGCGCUUUUCUUGACAUGGAGAAUCGGGCAUCCCAACACCGAUGCAGUGUGGCUGUGGGGGAUGUCUAUAGUUUGUGAGAUAUGGUUUGCAUUUUCUUGGAUUCUUGACCAACUACCAAAGCUAUGCCCUAUAAACCGUGCUACUGAUCUCAAUGUAUUGAAGGAGAAAUUCGAGACACGUGAUCCAAGCAAUCCCACGGGGAAGUCUGACCUCCCAGGCAUCGAUAUUUUUGUCUCGACAGCAGAUCCAGAGAAGGAGCCACCUCUUGUCACCGCCAACACCAUUUUGUCCAUAUUAGCAGCUGAUUAUCCUGUGGAAAAGCUUGCUUGUUAUGUCUCUGACGACGGAGGGGCGCUUCUGACGUUUGAGGCCAUGGCGGAAGCAGCGAGUUUUGCAAAUAUAUGGGUUCCCUUCUGUCGCAAGCACAACAUUGAGCCGCGGAAUCCUGAGUCUUACUUCAAUCUGAAGAAGGACCCGUACAAGAACAAGAUCCUCAAGGACUUUGUCAAAGACCGGAGACGAGUGAAGCGCGAGUACGACGAGUUUAAGGUCCGAAUCAACGGCCUGCCAGACUCCAUCCGUCGUCGCUCUGAUGCCUAUCAUGCUAGGGAAGAACUUCAGGUUAUGAAGGAGCAGAGGAUGAAGAAGGAAGACGAGCCCCUCGAGGUUGUCAAGAUCAAGAAAGCUACAUGGAUGGCAGAUGGAACACAUUGGCCUGGCACUUGGUUGAAUCCUACCCCCGAGCACACCAAGGGCGAUCAUGCUGGGAUAAUACAGGUGAUGUUGAAACCUCCAAGUGAUGAGCUACUUUGUGGGGAUGGUGAGGAGUACAGGUUGAAUGACCUGACUAACGUUGACAUUCGCCUUCCCAUGCUCGUCUACGUCUCACGUGAGAAGCGGCCUGGAUACGACCACAACAAGAAGGCGGGUGCUAUGAAUGCUCUGGUUCGAGCUUCAGCAAUCAUGUCUAAUGGUGCGUUCAUUCUCAACCUCGACUGUGAUCACUACAUCUAUAACUCCCAAGCCAUGAGGGAAGGUAUGUGUUUCAUGAUGGAUAGAGGCGGCGACAGAAUCUGCUACGUCCAAUUCCCACAAAGAUUCGAGGGCAUUGAUCCAUCUGAUCGUUACGCCAACAGAAACACCGUGUUUUUUGAUGGAAACAUGCGAGCGCUAGACGGGUUACAAGGUCCGGUCUAUGUUGGAACGGGGUGCCUCUUCAGGCGGACUGCCCUUUAUGGCUUUGAUCCGCCCCGUACUAAGGAGCACAGCCCGAGCUUCUUCAGCUCGUGCUGUGGCCGACGCAGGAAGCACUCCUCUGUGGCUCAUACACCGGAGGAGAACAAGUCGUUGAGAAUGGGGGAUUACUCUGACGAUGAAGAGAUGAACCUCUCCCUUGAUCCAAAGAUGUUUGGAAACUCAAAUGUACUCAUCGACUCCAUCCCGGUGGCUGAGUACCAAGGCCGCCCGUUAGCUGACCAUCCAUCCGUGAAGAAUGGGCGCCCUCCUGGCGCCCUAACCAUCCCCCGUGACCUCCUCGAUGCCUCAACUGUAGCAGAGGCAAUAAGUGUGAUCUCGUGCUGGUACGAGGACAAGACAGAAUGGGGUCAGCGAGUGGGCUGGAUCUACGGCUCUGUCACGGAAGACGUUGUGACAGGGUACCGGAUGCACAAUAGGGGAUGGAAGUCAGUUUACUGUGUAACGAAACGCGACGCCUUCCGUGGGACUGCCCCCAUCAACCUGACGGACCGGCUCCACCAGGUCCUCCGCUGGGCCACGGGAUCAGUUGAGAUCUUCUUCUCCCGGAACAACGCCUUGCUAGCAACAUCGAAAAUGAAGGCAUUGCAGAGGAUUGCAUACCUCAAUGUAGGAAUCUACCCUUUCACAUCCAUCUUCCUGAUCGUCUACUGCUUCCUCCCGGCGCUCUCCCUCUUCUCGGGCCAGUUCAUCGUUCAGACGCUGAACGUGACCUUCCUGAUCUACCUCCUCAUCAUCACGGUCACGCUGUGCGCGCUGGCCGUGCUGGAGGUAAAGUGGUCGGGGAUCGAGCUCGAAGAGUGGUGGAGAAACGAGCAGUUCUGGCUUAUCGGAGGGACUAGUGCACACUUGGCUGCAGUGUUCCAAGGGCUGCUGAAGAUCUUCGCAGGAGUCGAGAUAUCGUUCACUCUAACGUCGAAAUCAGGAGGAGAUGAUGAGGAAGACGAGUUCGCUGACCUGUACGUGGUGAAGUGGACGUCGCUGAUGAUCCCGCCAAUUGUGAUCAUAAUGGUGAACCUGAUUGCCAUAGCAGUGGGGAUAAGCAGAACUAUAUACAGCGUGAUACCGCAGUGGAGCAGGCUGUUGGGGGGAGUUUUCUUCAGCUUUUGGGUGCUGGCGCAUCUCUACCCAUUUGCUAAAGGGCUGAUGGGGAGACGGGGGAGAACGCCCACGAUCGUAUACGUGUGGUCCGGGCUCAUUGCUAUCACCAUAUCUCUGCUUUGGGUGGCCAUAAACCCCCCUGCAGGGACUAACCAGAUUGGUGGCUCUUUCCAGUUUCCAUAGCCAUUUAUAAACUACACUACACUGCACAGAGAAAGAAGCACACAUGGUUCCAUUCUUUUAUUUGUUAUUGUUUGCUUUGAUUUAGAUGUAUGCAUCAACUCUUCAUGAAAUGAACAAGUUGUUGAUGGAUUUAAGAAUCAGUUUUUUGGUGAUCUAUGAUA